CGCGCGCUGUGCGAGGCCAGCAGCGGCGGCUGCAGCUCCGGCUGCGCGCCCGGCGGGGAGCCCGAGCUGGAGGCGGCGGGGAGCGGCGGGGGAGCCCGCGAGGCUCUGGCGGGCUGGGAUGAAGCCGGGGGCGGCCUCCUCUGGGGCCAGAUAGCCUCCCGCGGGGGCGGCGGCUCCGGCUCCUGCCGCUGCUGCUGCGGGGAAGAAGCGGAGCAGGCGGCGGCCGCCGAGGACGACGGGGCCGGGGUCGCCGCCGGCGCCGGCGAGUGGGGCGCAGCGGCCGGCCCGAGGAUGGCCGCGCCGCCGGGCUACCCGCUCUCCGACCCGGGCUCCAACAGCGAGCGCAGCGCCGACUCGCCCCUGCCCAGCGACGGAGGAGGAGGAGGCGGCGGCGGAGGCUGCUCGGUCGGGCCCUCCCGCGCCGGCCCGGACAGCCCCGAGUGGGGCGAGGAGCGCUUCCGCGUGGACCGAAAGAAACUGGAGGCCAUGCUGCAAGCUGCUGCUGAAGGAAAGGGGAAAAGUGGAGAAGACUUCUUCCAGAAGAUUAUGGAAGAAACUAACACCCAGAUUGCUUGGCCUUCUAAACUAAAGAUUGGUGCAAAAUCCAAGAAAGAUCCUCACAUUAAAGUCUCUGGAAAAAAGGAGAAUGUUAAAGAAGCGAAGGAAAAGAUCAUGUGUGUGUUGGAUACAAAAAGCAACCGAGUCACCCUGAAGAUGGACGUAUCUCACACUGAGCAUUCUCACGUCAUUGGCAAAGGAGGCAAUAAUAUUAAAAAAGUGAUGGAAGAAACGGGCUGCCACAUCCAUUUUCCAGAUUCUAACCGAAACAACCAAGCGGAAAAAAGCAAUCAGGUGUCUAUCGCCGGGCAACCAGCCGGAGUGGAAUCCGCCAGAGUUAGAAUACGGGAACUGCUGCCCUUGGUGUUAAUGUUUGAAUUACCUAUAGCUGGAAUCCUUCAACCAAUCCCCGAUCCAAGUUCUCCCACGAUUCAGCACAUAUCGCAGACGUACAAUAUUUCGGUGUCCUUUAAGCAGCGUUCUCGGACGUACGGCGCUACGGUCAUGAUCAGAGGGUCCCAGAAUAACGCCAGUGCCGUGAAGGAAGGAACGGCUCUGCUCUUGGAGCACCUGGCCGGAAGCUUGGCCUCUGCAAUCCCGGUGAGCACCCAGCUGGACAUAGCAGCCCAGCACCACCUCUUUAUGAUGGGCCGAAAUGGCAGCAACAUCAAGCAUAUCAUGCAGAGAACUGGUGCUCAGAUCCAUUUCCCCGAUCCUAGUAAUCCCCAGAAGAAAUCCACGGUCUACCUCCAAGGCACAAUCGAAUCGGUCUGUCUUGCCAGACAAUAUCUCAUGGGCUGCCUUCCUCUUGUGCUGAUGUUUGAUAUGAAGGAAGAAAUUGACGUAGAACCACAUUUUAUUACCCAGCUGAUGGAGCAGCUAGAUGUCUUCAUCAGUAUUAAACCAAAGCCGAAACAGACGAGUAAGUCUGUGAUCGUGAAAAGCGUUGAGCGAAAUGCCUUAAAUAUGUAUGAAGCACGCAAAUGUCUCCUGGGUCUGGAAAGCAGUGGCAUUGCUCUAGCGACAAAUCCCUCCCCAAUCUCUUGCCCAGUUGGUCUUCCUUGUCCUGGCUUGGACAUCUUGACCUCAGGUGGCCUUGGACUAACUGGACUCGGUCUUUUGGGUCCAACCACUUUAUCUGUCAACACAUCUACACCCCCAAACUCUCUCCUAAAUGCUCUCAAUAGUUCGGUUAGUCCUUUGCAGAGUCCAAGUUCAAACACACCAAGUUCAACUCUCUGGGCUUCCUCAAUCGCUAAUACAAGCUCUACAGGUUUCUCUGCUAUUCCUCACCUGAUGAUGCCGCCUACUGCACAAGCCACGUUAACCAGUAUCUUGUUGUCAGGAGUGCCCAACUACGGUCAAAGCACACCAUCUCCCCCUCCCGGCUUAACUCCUGUUGAUAUUCAUGUGAAUGGCAUGCAAGUGGAGAGCAAGAAAAAACCAACCUCAUCAUUAAAUGGUCAUGUAAAGACCUCAGCUAUGAAGUAUCCUGCAUUCUCUGCCACAGCUCUUGGUGAAAAUGUACUAAAUACAAACCACAGUGAUCCUUCUCGGACGAUUGGUAGCCAUAAUGCCACUGAACAAGUGACGGCCAAGACGAAUUCUGGCGAAGGUUGCAAUGAUGCUUUUGUGGAAGUGGGUAUGCCCAGGAGUCCUUCACACUCGGCAAAUGCCAACGAUCUUAAGCAGAUGAUGAGCACCUCUAAGCAAUCCUGCACGAAGAGGCAGACGGUGGAAUUGCUUCAAGGCACGAAAAAUUCUCGUUUACACACGGGGGAGAGGUUGCUGUCGGAUUCUGAGCUGAGUGCUUCAGAGACCACGAUGGCUGAUAAAAAGGCACCUGGAAGCGAACGGGCAGCCGAGCGGGCAGCUGCAGCCCAGCAGAAUUCAGAAAGAGCACAUCUGGGCCCCCAGUCGACGUAUGUGGAUAUGCAGGCAUUUGACUACGAACAGAAGAAGCUACUAGCAACCAAAGCUAUGCUAAGGAAGCCUGUUGUUACGGAGGUGAGAACACCCACAAACACCUGGAGUGGGCUGGGCUUCUCCAAAUCAAUGCCGGCCGAAACCAUUAAGGAACUGAGAAGGGCAAACCAUGUAGCCUACAAGCCAUCUAUGUCGACAACUUAUGAGGCUUCUUCCAUGUCCCUCUCCCGAUCCAACAGCCGGGAACACCUGGGGAGCGGGAGCGAUUCCGACAACUGGAGAGAUCACAAUGGCAUUAGUUCAACUGCUCCGGGAGACUUUGUUUCUUCCAUCGGAAGCCCUAAACGGAAACAGAAAUCAAGUGAGCAUUAUCUCAGCAGUAGCAACUACAUGGAUUGCAUCUCCUCCCUGAUAGGAAGCAACGGCUGUAACCUGAACAGUCUGUUUAAGGGAUCUGACCUACCUGAGUUAUUCAGCAAACUGGGCCUGGGUAAAUACACAGACAUAUUUCAGCAACAAGAGAUUGAUCUCCAGACAUUCCUCACUCUAACAGAUCAAGAUCUGAAAGAGCUUGGAAUUACCACUUUUGGUGCACGAAGGAAAAUGCUGCUGGCAAUCUCAGAAUUGAACAAAAACCGAAGAAAACUCUUUGACCCCUCCAAUGUCCGAGCCUCGUUUCUGGAAGGCGGCGCAAGUGGACGGUUGCCCCACCAGUACCAUUCGGACAUUGCCAGCGUGAGCGGCCGUUGGUAGCAGGAAUGCGAGGCCUUCACGGUUGACUGCACAAACUCCAUGGACAUGGCAAUCCUGUGGACCGUCACCACUGCACACCACCCUCUGCACUUGGGAGUUUAGGUAUCAAGGACCAAAAGUCUUCUUUUUUUUUUUUUUUUGCACAACUUCCCG